AUUUCUGAGGGGCUCACCGCGGCCACACUGGUGAAAACAUAAAAGUUGAAAAUUGCAUUUAAAAAAUCAUUAAAAGUAUGGAUAAGUCGUCAGAAAAUUGAUUGAAAAAAUUAGAUAUAUUACCCGUUCCAGACAGUGUACGCGUGUGGAAAUCGACAAAAAAAAAAAAAAAACAAAUUUCAAGCGAAAAGGUAACGUCGACGACAACGGAAUAACUAAGAGAAGCCAGCAACCAGCAGCAGCGGCAGCACGAAGCGAGCAGCAGAGCACGCAGAAUAAAGAAACAAGGAAACAUUUGCACAGCACAACCGAGCAACUGCAGCAGCAGCAGCAGCCAGGCCAGGCAGGCAGGCAGGCAGGCAACGACAAGAAAAACCACUUCAACAAAAGAGGAUAACAUAUUGGAAGUGCUCGCACACAUACCCAUACCCAUACAGCUCAGCUCACAGCUACACACACACGCGAGUGGAAAGAGAGACGAAGCAUUGUACGUGCCCGGUUGACGGUGGGAAAGUAAACCGACAUCUUUUUACGAGCAGAGAGUUUUGCAAUCAGAAGAAGACAGCAAGCAGCCCCAGAGAGUGUUCACAGUUGAUCGGGCCAGCCCUUUGAUAACGCACAUACGGAAAGAAAAAGAGCGAGAGAGAGAGAGAGCUGCUAGCAGUGAGAUCGGAGACGGGACAGGUUGCUGCCCAAAGCCGAAAACCGAAAACCGAAAUACCAAAAACUCGAACGCACACAACGCAUUUGGAAAUCAAGCCAGGCCCCAGCCAGUGGAAAGUGCGUGAGCGUUUGUGCGUGCGUAAUCGAAGCUCCAAAAACUGUGAGAAGACCAGACCCCCCGACUUCGAUCCCCCGUGAACUGCAUUUGCCCAGCGUUGCCACAUCGCCAGUACGCGUGGGGGCGUAAAACCAGUGCUGGAUAGCACCAAGAAAGACACUAGGAACGGGACAAAUCCAAUCCAUGAGCAACUAAACCGAAAUUAAAGUGAAAUUCAAACGAAUUGAAUCGUUAUCCUCAUCGCAAAACAGAUUCCAAAUGAAAACGAUCGUGCUCAGUCCGGACGAUCUGCAGAACUUCAACAAGUUCAUCUAUGACCCGAAGUCAGCCGCCCAGCUGGCCGCCAGCGCGGGGGCGAUUGGAGCAGCGGCGGCAGCGGCAGCUGCCGUGCACGGCCAGCAGCCAGGAGGAGCGAACACCACCACAGUGCAGCUAGUGGCCGGCGGUGGUGGCCUUGGCAAUCCCACAGUUGUUCCAGUCCCCACCAGCACAGCGCAGACCAGUGCCAAUAACCUGAUGGCUCUGCAUUACUAUCUGAAGCAUCCGGGAAUACAGCAGAUGCCGAGCGCAACCACGGUCCAGCAUCACCAACAUCAGCACCAGCAGCAGCUGUUGGCCCAGUCGCAGACACAGCUAAAGCAGCUGCAGUUGAAGCAGCCCACAAUCCACCAGCACCAGCAGCACAUCAGCUACCACCAUCCGUACUACCAGCAGACGCAGCCCCAGCAGCAGCUCCAGCUGCAGCCACAGACACAGAUGAGCCACAGCAAUCCGCACGUGCCGCUGAAAAGUCAGCAACCGCCACAGACCCAUCUGCCCGUGCAUGCGCUGAACCAGAACUCCAACUUCUCAGCGGCCAGCUCCAGUACAGGAGGAACAGCUUCCAGUCAUGCGCCCACACAGCAGUCGAACGGCUCCAGUGUAUCACCCACCAUCAUCCAAAGGGUCACGGCAGUGGGCGGACCAAACAGCAGUAACAUUGCGGCCGCUGCCAACGCGCUCCUGCGAGCCACGGCCGCCGGCAAUGCCAACACCUCGUCCUCGUCAUCGAGCUCCUCCUCCUCUUCCUCGUCGGCGUCGUCGAGCUCCUCGUCAGCCUCUUCUUCCAGCUCAACUAACUGCGCCAAGAAGCUGAAAACAGAGCCCGCCCUUUCGCAGUACAACCAGACGGAACGCCUCAACUUCGCCAACACGUACAUCGUGUGGAGCGAGGAGCACUGGCGACGGGUGGUCUUCCACGACGAGCGGCGCUUUAACCUGGACGGACCCGACGGCUUCUCCUACUACUUUCACGACUUGCGGAACUACGAGCGCACUCUGUCGCAGCGGCCGCGCGGCAACUCUGUCUACAUCUACCUGAUGAUCUGUGUGGGUGGGGCCCUCCAUCUGGAGGUGUCGUCAGCCAAACUGCGUCCUGAGUCAUGCAUCGAGGCCGUUAUGCGCGAGCGACCGAAUAUCAUCAGCAAACUAGGUGGUAGCACAGAGUUUGUGCUGCAGGACCACAACUGGAUGUCGCAUGCACUGCCCACGGCCCAGGACCUGCUCAAUACCAAGGGUCUCAAGACCCAGAAGUGGCCGUCCAUUGCGCACGACCUCAACAUUAUGGAGAACAUCUGGGGCUGGCUCAUCCGAGAGGUGUUCGACGGCGGCCGGAAGUUCUCGCGCAAGGACGACUUGAUAUUCCGCAUCAAGGAGGCGUGGUCCCGACUGCCGCUCGAUCUGAUCACCAACCUGUACAGCACCCUGCCGGAGCGCAUCACGGAGCUGUACUACACACAAGGCGUCUACACGAAUUGUUGACAACCGACAGAAGAGCAACGUGGACGUGGAUGUGGAUGUGGUGGUAUGUUGUCUCCCAGCUCAGGGCACUCCCUUCGGCUCAGCUCCGCCUGGAAGUGGGAGUGGGAGUGCAGACGGAUUCGAUUCUAGGACUUCGUCCGUCUAAGGGGAACUUUCACGACCUGAUCCUGCUGCCGAUGCCAACAAGCCUGGCAUCCAUCCCGCUGGGUCAACCAGUGGGAUGGGGGCGUGAGCGGCGUUCCUCUGCCGGAUACAAAAAUCAAUACAAAAGAAGGAAAUCUUUAUACAAUUCAACUUAACUUUUUGUGUAUAGCUUUAAGAUGUGUGCAACAGAGCAGACCAGACCGUACCGGACGGACCGACCGACGGACGGACAUACGGGAGCGGGACAGAGAGACGCCUGGUUUAAGGUUAUACAGUUUUUUUUAGUUAUUUAAAACAAAAACAAACAAAAAAAUGGAAAAACAUGCAAGAAAAACAAUCGCGCGAGAGGUUUGGGCACGCCAUGUGUGUGUGGUGACACUGGCAGACACACGAAAAGUGUUGCCAUAUCGCUUUGUAAUUAGUGUUUUUAUUCCUUCCUUCACCCGUAUCCACCACAUCCACACACACUCCCGCACCCCCCGCAUAAUGUGUAAGGCUUAAUUUUAGUUGACGUUUGCCUUUCCUACCUAAUCCCAUCCCCCCACUCCCCUCCCCACCAAACCCAACGCCCUAUUAAAUAUACGUAUUUAGAUUAUACAUAUACAUAAUAAUUAGUUGCAAAACAAAUUUAUUUGAACUUAACUCCUUUUGUUGAUUGUUUUUAGUUAUGCAAGCGAGAAAUGUAGCAGUAGAGAAGAGAAAGACGCAUGAAGAGCGCAGAGGAAAUUUAUGAAAAGCGAGAAGAGCAAGCAAGAUGAAAUGAAUAAAUAAACUUGUAACUAAAGUAUUAUUGUAAGGCAUAGUUUUUGUUGUAGCAAAAUACGGAAAAGAACUCACGUAAAAUUAUACAGACAGACAAAACACACUCACAUAAAUAAACACACGCAAGAAUCCUAUCAUGUAAAAUGUUUACGAACAGAAAUUAUAAAUAAACUAAUUAUCAAUGUAAUUAAUACAUAUUAAACAAAAGAAUAACAAAACGAAACAAAGCAAAGCAAAAGCAACUUAGUGUUAAUUUAAGAUCAAAAAUAACUAACUGAAGAGUAUAGAAAACUAGAAAUCGAUAGAAAUCAUGCUGAAUUCAACCCCAAACGAAACCGAACCCAAACCCAGCCCACAUCCGCCCUUCCCUACCCCCACCGUCAGACAGAAAAGAACCCAUAAAACUCGAACAAAACUUCCUAGUGAUGGGUGGCAAAAGCACUUCAUUUGCCACCGCUAAAUGGCAGCUACUGGCGAGCUCCGUUGUUGGUGUUUCUGUGAGAGAAGGCAAAUGGAUAGGAUAGUACGCUCCCCAUGAAAACCCAUAUUUAGCAAUACAAUGAAUGAACUGAACAAAAUGAAAGCAACUAAUCUAUGAAAGUAUCCUUGAAAUAAACACACACAUAUAUA